AGACAUAAACACACUGACACUGGAUCACUGGAGCAAAAGGAGAGGAGAGACGGCUGGAAAGCUUCACUUUAGAGCGAAGGAGACAAUCCCCCCCAACUCCUGGACUACUUUUGCUGUAUUUCGUGAAACUUUUUUUGUGUGUUUGUCGGCCGUAUGGAUGUGAAUGUUGGAGCGGUUGUUGCCAUAUGUUGCCCGUAGUGUGUAGAAGUGUGUGGGUUAGUGUGUUUGGGAUGGAAAAGUGGAGCUGGCAAGACCAACAGCUCUGCUCUUAGCUUUAUGCCAUGGGGGGUUGCCAUAGUUACCCCUCGGCUACGGAGGCAGACGGGAAGACUCUUCAGCCUUCUGACAUCAGCAGUGACAAACUGGGAAUUAAUAACAAUAAUCAGGAAGAGCGUCCGUAUCUGCAGCAGCAGUAUGUGUGCCAGCGGAUCACACACACCGACAUGUUUGCCCUCACAGCGCUGCCGCCUGGCGUCGACAAGGCAGAGUGGCUCGCCAGCAACACUGUGGCAUUUUUCAAGCACAUAAACCUGUUCUCAAGCGCUCUGUCAGAGUUCUGCACACCCAGCACCUGCCCCACUGCCUGUGGACCAGGCAACACGGUUUAUUUCUGGACUGACGACCACGGCAGGAAGCUGAAAUGCUCUGCUCCGCUUUACUUUGACUACGCCAUGUCAUACAUUCAGGAGCUACUGACUGAUGAAGAUGUGUUCCCCACUAAAGCAGGUUCAGUAUUUCCGAAUGGCUUCGUCUUUCUGGUCCAGAAGGUGUUUUUGCUGCUGUUCAGGACUCUGGCUCACAUCUAUUGGUCUCACUACAGAGAGGCACUCGCUAUGGGCCUGCACCCACACCUCAACACACUCUUCAUACACCUCACGCUCUUCUGCCGGCAACAUGCGCUGCUGGAGCCGGAGGACACUGAGCCACUGCAGGACCUCAUCACAGCGCUGGGACAGCAAGGCUGAACCCAAGGCUGUACGUUGUUCUCAACACUCUCUUAUUUAUUUGUUGCAGCUGGUUUUCUGUGGCCGAUCUGAGCCAAACUAAAACUUACUUUACAAUAUGAAGAAAAAAGGAAAUCAGAGUAUCUAGCCCCUUGCUGUAUAUAGCUGCUAUCAGUUAUUUGUGUGAACCUAAUAUUGCAUGUUUUUUUUAACCUAACGGUGCAUCGUUGAUAAGGUCAAGAUCUUCAAGGUCACUCAUGUCUUCCUCACUGUAAGACGCUGUAAUAAAAAACCUUGUUAACUUUUUGGGUUUUCUUUAAAAAAAAAAAAAAAAAAAAAAGUAGCCAAACAAACCCACUUGGUGCCAUCAUUGUAUUUUGAACAUUUGCAAAACCCCCUCAGUUGAUGCAAAUGCUGUAUAAUCUCAUUUGUAAGGAAACGUUUCUCUGCACCUUCAUGUCUGAUUCUGUACUCUGUAGUAAACAUUUGUGACAUAUUGACUGUCCGAUGGAUUUAAAAAGAUGGAUUUGCUUUUUCUAGAAACUAUUAAAUAUCAAAAAUUGAAUUUGA